AUGAAGUGUAAGGCCUCUAUGUACGAUUUCCAACUCUAUUCGCCCUCUAAUUUUUCCGUUUCAAUCAAAAUUUUAUCAAAAUUUUCAUCUUUUUUUAACCCCAUUUUUUCAGGUUACGAAGCCAUGAAUGCCUUUCGUUUAGUGGCCGAUUUGAGCCACUUGUUCGCUAUUCUGAUCCUGCUGUGGAAGAUCUGGAAGACGCGAUCGUGUGCCGGCAUCUCCGGCAAGUCGCAGAUCCUGUUCGCGCUCGUGUUCACCUGCCGUUACCUUGACUUGUUCACCGCCUAUGUCUCCUUGUACAACUCGGCGAUGAAGGUAGGCGCGGUUUCGGAGAUGCUUGUUGAAGUUUAGGCAACGCUAUUAGAAGUUUUCAUAAAGUGCAUGGACAUAUGUCGCGGUCCGCACCGUGCACAAAAUUGCGUCAAAAAUCUUGAAAGGAAGAUCGCUUUUCCCCUCGGCGAUGCGAUUUUCGACGCGACAGAAUGCUCAUUAUUUUCCCGACAGACUGGUAGCAUUUUCAUAAAGUGCAUGGACAUUUGUCGCAGCCUGCGCCGUGCACAAAACCCCCCGAUUUUUUGCACCGUGCAUUCUCCUUUUUUUGGUAUUGCACUGUGCAGUUGAAAUAUCGCUGCGACGAGAGGUUUCCUCAACUUCAUUGUCGCGGCUUUGCUGAAGAAUUCGCACAGUGCGAAAAGUGAAAACUAAAAAUGCACUGUGCGUUGGCGACAAAUUUUGGGAUGCACUGUGCAAAAGCUUUUCGCACGGUGCAUUGAACUUUGUCCCACGCUUGUCGCCAAUGCACAGUGCGUUUGCACUUUUCGCACAGUGCAAACCUCAAAAAAGCCGUUUGCACUGUGCGAAUUUUUGAGCGGAACCGCGGCGACGCAGUUGGGAAAAACUCUGCAUCGCGGCGAUAUUUCGAUGCACAGUGCAAACCCAAAAAAGGUGAAAUGCACGGUGCAAAAAAAUGGAGUGUUUUUUGUACACGGUGCGGGGCGCGACAAAUGUUCGUACACUUUGUGAAAAUGCUAUCGGUAAACGGUGUCUUUUAGCUCUAAAUUGUCGUAAGGACAGCUUAUAAAACUUUUUCUGACAGUAAUCUGACAGGUUCGGGAAGCAUUGGGGUUACUGUAACAAAAUUUAUUUGUGCGUUUUGCUUUUUACUACUCGUUCCGGAAAGUCGCCGGACUGAUUUUUGGUGUUUGCACUGCGCGAAAAAGUCAGGGUGCGAGCGACAGCCGAAGAUUGCACGGUGCAAAGAACAAAGAUUGCACAGUGCAAAGAAAAGUUUUUUUCGCACAGUGCGCGUCGCCGAUUUCAGUCCGGCGACUUUCCGGAAGGACUGGUAAAGGGUCCUUUUAGCUAUAUCUUGUUGUAAAAAUGAGCUAGAGAGCUUUUUGUGACUGUCCAUUUCGACAAUCUAGGGUUACUGUAACAAAUUUUUUUGGGAUUUUGGUCGGUAAAGGGUAUUUUUAGCUGUAGCUUGUUGUAAAGACGAGUUAGAGAGCUUUUUGUGACAGUAAUCGGUCAUGUUAGGCAACUUGAGGGUUACUGUAACAAAAAAAUUUUUCGGGAUUUUUCUUGGUAUAGGGCAUAUUCAGCUAUAGCUUGUCGUAAAAACGAGUUAGAGAGCUUUUUGUGACUGUCCAUUUCGACAAUCUAGGGUUACUGUAACAAAAUUUUUUUCGGGAUUUUGGUCGGUACAGGGUAUUUUUAGCUGUAGCUUGUUGUAAAGACGAGUUAGAAACCUUUUUGUGACUGUAAUUGGUCAAGUUAGGCAACUUGAGGGUUACUGUAACAAAAAAUUUUUCAGGAUUUUGUUCGGCACGGGAUAUUUUUAGCUAUAGCUUGUCUUCAGAACACCUUAUAGAGCUUUUCUCACAGUAAUCUGACAGGUUCGGGGUUACUGUAACAAAUUUUUUGGGGUUACUGUAACAAAUUUUUUUUUCAGGUUCUCUUCAUCUCGGCCCUCUACACCACCGUCUACAUGAUGUACUUCCGUUUCCGUUCGACCCUGAACAAGGAGGAGGACACGUUGCGGGUGGAGAUCCUGAUCCUGCCGUGCGCCGUGCUGGCCGUCUUCAUCAACGCCGACUUUACGUUCCUGGAGAUCCUGUGGACGUUCUCCAUCUACCUGGAGGCGGUCGCCAUCCUGCCGCAACUGUUCAUGCUGCAGCGGCGCGGCGAGGCCGAGACCAUCACGGCGCAUUACUUGUUCGCGUUGGGCUCGUAUCGCGGGCUGUACAUCUUGAACUGGGUGUAUCGCUACUUCACGGAGGGCUUCUUCGACCCGAUUGUGGUGGUGUCGGGCGUGGUGCAGACCGUGCUGUAUGCGGACUUUUUCUACUUGUACGUGACCAGAGUGGUCCGAGAGAACCGAAAACUCGAGCUCCCGAUUUGA